GAAUAGCUGGAUUGACUGAGCUGAUAUUAUUUUAAAGAAGAAGAUAUCGGUUGAGGGCGCUGAGCUUUUAAUGAGACGGUCUUGUGCUUGAUUACUGCUUUCGUUUUGGUCGCGAUAGAUCACCCCAACUAUAUUCAAAUAAGGACGGACGAACUUGAAGACAAACAUACAGCAAACUAAACAUGGCGUCGUCUUCUUCUUCUUCUAUGAAAUACUCAUACACGCUGUGGUCACCGAGCGACACAGUCAAAGAUGUGGCCGAGAGUCUUGGGAUUGCGAACCUUUCUGAGGAAGUGAGCAAGUCCCUUGCGAUGGAUGUGGAGUAUCGGAUAAACGAGGUUCUCGAGCAGGCCACCAAGUUUAUGAAGCAUUCAAAGCGGACUAUUUUGACCACUCAGGAUAUCAGUCAUGCAUUCCGGGUGCUUAAUCUUGAGCCCCUCUAUGGAUACGAUUCGACAAGACCUAUCAAAUUCCGGGAAGCAGUUCUGGGACCAGGACAGACUCUAUACUACAUUGAUGAUGAAGAAGUAGACUUUGAAAGGAUAAUCAACAUGCCCCUACCAAAAGUCCCACGAGAAGUCUCGUUCACAGCCCACUGGCUUGCAAUCGAAGGAGUUCAACCUGCAAUCCCUCAAAAUCCUCAGCCUUCCGAGGGAAGAUCUGCUGCGCCAGGUCAACCGGGAGUGAGCUCGACCGAGAUCGAAGUCAAGCCGUUGGUGAAGCACGCGCUGUCCAGAGAACUGCAGCUAUACUACGACCGUGUGGUUGCAGCGCUGACUGAGGAGUCCUCGACGUCGGCUAUGAAGAAUGCAGUGCUCAACAGUCUUGGAAAUGAUCCUGGGCUUCAUCAGUUGAUCCCCUAUUUGAUACAGUUCGUGGCGGAGAAGAUCAGGCUUAACCUGAAGAAUGCAUCGAUGUUGUAUCUGAUGCUUCAAGUGCUCCACAAACUUCUCACAAAUCAGACAAUAUUUAUAGAACCAUAUAUCCACUCUAUAAUGCCGCCAAUUCUUACACUGCUGGUCGGUAAACGCAUCGGCACCUCGCAGUCGUCAACAGAAGAACACUACAAAGUCCGUGACUUUGCCGCCUCGCUGCUGAACCAAGUCUGCACCAAAUACGGCGACACUUAUCACACUCUAAAGCCGCGCGUGACGCGCACGCUGUUGAAGGCCUUUAUGGAUACCUCCAAAUCCGCCGGUACGCAGUACGGCGCACUCUCAGGUCUGACCGCGAUGGGUCCCGAAGUCGUCCGCGUUCUCAUCCUAGGAAACCUGCGAGACUGGGCGGCGGUUAUUGGCAGCACCAGCGCUGUCACGGACGAAGACAAGCGAAGGCUAGGUAAUGCCGUCAUCGAAGCACUCCGCUCACUAGUCGACCCUGAAUUUACCACGAUCGACGAUCUGACUGAUCAGGACCGGGCACGGUUUGCCGAGUUUGUGGGUCCCGAGGUGGAUAAGCUGGUGAGCGAGGCUUCUGAUAGCGAGAGCAUUAUCAAGGCUGUGUUGGAUAGCCAGAAAUUUGUGUAGACUGUGGUGCUUAACAGGCCAGAUGUUGAUGUAUGAUUAAUAAGAUGAUUACGGAAAGGU